AUGGGCAAGAACAGUAUAAAGAAUAGCGAUAAAGUUGAAUUUCAAUUGCUGUUGAGAAGGAGUAGAGAUGGUAUAGACUGUUCCGAGAUCGGAGGAUAUAAUCCUUUAAGCUGGAAUUUAUCAGAUACAUAUUUUGCAUUGUUUGCAAAUUCAGAUAUUUGUGAACAAGAUGAAUAUAUUUCAAGUAGCGGUAGUUGUGCUCUAUUACAAAAAAAAAAGAGUUUACCCUAUAGUGGUAGAACAAUUCUCAUGAGUUUAUGGUCGUGA